AUUUUCUACAACUUACAUCUAUAAAUGUUAUAGUCAUAGCUUUCACGUAGCACACUAAUUAAUUUCAAAAUACUUGAGAAUUGAUCAUUAUGGCUCUUAUGGCGCAAGACACUACUCCCCUAGUGUUAAAUGUAACACGAGGGGAGCCGAAGCUGGUGUGUCCAGCUGAGCCUACACCACGAGAACUAAAACCACUUUCAGAAAUCGAUGAUCAAGAGGGACUCCGAUUUCAUAUGCCAGCUACUAUGUUUUACCGGGCUGACUCUUCCAUGCAUGGGAAAGACCCGGUGAAGGUUGUAAAGGAUGGGCUAGCUAAGGCUCUUGUGUUUUUCUACCCUUAUGCCGGUAGGCUAGUAGAGGGACCAAAUAGAAAACUCGUUGUUGAUUGCACCGGUGAGGGGGUACCCUUCAUCGAGGCUGAGGCAAAUGCAACACUCGAGGAUUUUGGUGAUGAGAUUCAUCCUCCAUUCCCCUUGGAGGAGUUGCUUUAUGACAUUCCUGGCACUAAUAGAAUGCUAGGAACUCCUUUGCUCAUAAUUCAGGUAACCCGUCUCAAAUGCGGAGGAUUCAUAUUGGCCCUUCGAGCAAACCACACGCUCAGCGACGGAACAGGCAUUAUGCACCUAAUGAACACCGUAGGCGAAAUGGGAAGAGGCUUGGCCACCCCCUCCAUCCGCCCUAUUUGGGAUCGCGAACGCUUAUUCGCUAGAGAAUCCCCAAAAAUCAGCUUCCCUCACCCUGAGUAUGACCAACAUGAAACUAACCACCACUCCAAUAAUGGUCAACUCAACUUGGUUCAACAAUCCUUCCUCUUUGGCCCUACUGAGCUUGCUGCCCUACGUCGCCAUGUACCACCACAUACUAAACAAUUCUCCACCUUCGACAUUCUUAGUGCUUCCCUAUGGAGGUGUAGGACCAUAGCACUUGGACUUAACCCUAAGGACGAGGUACGUUUACUCUUUGCUGUUAACGCGAGGAACAAGUUUGAUCCCCCACUUGAAAAAGGUUACUAUGGAAAUGCAUGUGCAUUUCCGGCUGUCUGUGCUAAUGCAGGGGAUAUAUGCACCAACAAAGUUGGCUAUAUUUUGGAGUUAAUAAGGAACACAAAAAAUAAUGUGAAUGAGGAAUAUAUGAGGUCUAUUAUGGACCUUAUGGUAACAAAAAAUAGGCCACAUUUCACGGUGCAUCAAACGUACGUGGUGUCUGACCUUAGGCAUCUAGGGUUUGCGGACGUGGAUUUUGGGUGGGGAAAACCCAUUUACGGAGGGCCGGCUAGUAAUGGGUCAGUACCGGAUGCAAGCUUCUUUAUAUCUUUUAAGAACAAGAAAGGAGAGACUAUGGUUAUGGUGCCCAUUUCCUUGCCUCCCACAUCAAUGGAUGAUUUUGUUAAGGAAUUGCAGGAUAUGCUUCGAGCUCACCCCUAAAAGGUGGUCUUUUCUAGUAUAUAGUUACAAUUUAAUUUUGUUGCUGCUGUUGUAAAAUUUUAUUUUACAAUACAUAGUAAGCUUGGUUAUAAUUAGAACAAGUUGUAGAAACAUUGUUGUUCCUGUACUAUAGGCCUAUAGCUAAGGUCACUUUACAAGUGUAAUGUGUGAAAUGUAUUGGCUGAUAAUAAGCUUGGUUUUCAUGGUGUAAUGUGUGAAAUGUAUUGACUAAGUUUAUAAAUAGUGUCAAUAGUCAAAUGUGUUUUUUAUUUGAUGUACAUGACA